UACAAAUUCUAGCUCAAAAAAGAUAUUUAGUUACUUCUAUUUCUCAAAUUUCUUCAAUGAUUGUAUUAAUAUCAUUUGCUGUUCUAGCAGUAAUAUUAUCAUUGUGUAAUAUGGAUGAUAAUAAGUAUAAUAAUGAAUAUGAUAAGAAGUAUAAUAGUAAAUAUAAUGAGAAAUAUAAUAAUAAAUAUAAUAAUAAAUACUAUAAAGAUAGUAAAGAAGAAAACAAUGAGUAUAAUAAGAAAUAUGACAAUUAUGGAUAUGAUAAUAAGGAAUAUAAUGAAGGAUAUAACGAGGAGUGCAGUGAGGAAUUUAGUGAAGAAUUUAAUAUCACACUUACCAAAGUUAUAUGUAUAGACAUAAUUCUUAUAAAGCUUGUCAGUUUUGUUUUAUUCAUGAUAUAUUGUAAAGAAAAUCAGCAUAUUUAUUUUCUACUUAAGCCUUCAAAUGGUAUAUUAGGAUAUCAAUAUGAUCUCAAAAAUCUUCUAUUAUGGAUGUAUAAGGAUUAUAUUACUGCUAUAGAAUAUUUAAAUAGAUCAUUGCAUAAACAUGAAGUUCAAGAAAGAGGUAGAGUAUUAAUUUGA